UGCCGUAUGUACGUGCGCGUACUAUCUCCGCUAGCGCUGAGAAUUUCUGCAAUAAUAUAUUUUUCUGUGGGCGUUGAACCUGAAAAUGAAAGCCUAACAUCAUAAUUCUGGGAUUUACGAGAAUCAAGGGAACUCAUUAUCUUUCUCCAGGGGGUCAGCUCGAGGAGAUCAUUCAAAAUGUCGACCCAACCAUCAGGAAAGAACAUGAAAACAAAGCACAUAAAGGCCGUCUCGCAGAAAGUGAAGCUAUUUCGGGCGAGUGAGCCACUCCUCAGCGUAUUGAUGUGGGGGAUUAACCACUCGAUCAGUGAACUGAGCCAUGUUAGCAUUCCUGUCAUGUUGAUGCCAGAUGACUUCAAAGCCAAUGGUAAAAUCAAGAUUGACAAUCAUCUCUUUAACAAGGAAAAUUUGCCAAGUCAUUUCAAGUUCAAGGAGUACUGUCCUCAAGUCUUCAGGAAUCUUAGAAAUCUUUUCAGCAUUACAGAUCAUGAAUAUCAGAAUUCCUUUGUAUGUUCAGCACCAGUCUAUGAUGACUCUGCAGGUAAGAGUGGUGCAAAGUUUCUCCGAUCUAGCGAUGGAAAGUUUGUUGUCAAGACGAUAUCAAAAGAAGAGGUUGAACUCAUGCAUAAUAUUCUGCCACCCUAUCACCAGUACAUAGUUGAGAAGCAUGGAGAAACAUUGUUACCACAGUACUUAGGUAUGUAUAGGUUAACGGUUGAUGGAGCAGAGACGUAUAUGGUUAUCAUGCGGAGCAUAUUCGGUCACACAUUACCUAUCCAUAGAAAAUACGACCUGAAGGGCUCCCUCAUCGACAGGCAAGCCAGCGACAAAGAAAAGGCCAAAGAUCUUCCCACCUACAAGGAUAUAGACUUCCUGAGUGGUAACAGCAGGAUAAUAGUUGGACAACAGACCAAGGACCAGAUAUUAACCAAACUCAAAUCAGACACGGAUUUCUUGUCCGAGUUGAAAAUCAUGGACUACAGUCUGUUGGUUGGGAUACAUGACAUGGACAAAUAUAAACAAGAUAGAGAAGAGGAAGAGACAGCAAGCCAGGAGAAUGGGGAUGCAGUCAUUGAAGAGGAAGGUGAAGACUCAGGCAGUGGAGAGUGCCUGACUCCUCCUGAUAGCCCUGUCAUCUCACCAAGGACAAGACAUGUCAUGAUCGAGGAGUACGACCCAAGCACGGAUGUAUAUGCUGUCAAGGGAUUCGAGAUAUGUCCAAGGAAGCUGAUAUAUUUCAUGGCGCUAAUUGAUAUCCUGACUCAUUGGGGUGCUAAGAAGAAGGCUGCGCAAGCUGCAAAGACAGUCAAACAUGGAGCUGGUGCUGAAAUAUCCUCCGUCAAACCUGAACAGUAUGCAAAGCGGUUUUUAGACUUCAUCUCAAAAGUAAUGGAAUGAACAACCGUCACAUACCGAAGAGACACGAUCUGAGACUUUUUAUCAUUUCUCAAAUCUACUUCAUGAAAGACUGUUUUGUGACCAAGGAUAAUAAAAAAAACCACAGGGUCUUCACAGGGGAGCCGUCCAGUUACAAGCAAGGUGUCCACAUAAACGUGCCAAUUGUUUAUUUGUUGUAGUGGACAGAUCGCCUCGGACCCAUGUAAACAUACUAGGAGUAAGUUAGUGUGAAGUCACCUUGUUGGGCAGGUAAGGCUGGAGUGCAGGACUUGGAUGAUGGAAGAGAAAAAUCAUAGUUGAGAAAUUUAUCAAAGCUUGUUUUUUAUUGAUCACCUGUAUAUGGCUAUGCAUCUUGUCAGGGUGUUGUCUGAAUGUUAAUCUGCUUUGUGUACAAGUGUAUGGGAUCUAAAGGCCUGUUCGGACUUGAUGCGGCAAGGCUCAGCAAUUUUUUUUUUGUACUUUGGGAUGCGAGGGGUGGCAGGUGGCAUUUUCUUGUCACCUGGCUUUGAAAAGCUAUGGACCUACCAAUUUUUUUUUCAAUAUGCCAGGAGUGUCCCCUACAUGUUGGAUAAUACUUCUCUUUUCAUUAUUUGAUUAUAAAGAACUGUGAUGUUGAAUGCUCAUUUAAUAACAUGAAUCCAACCAUUUACCAGGGUUUGU